AUGCAAAUGGAUUAGUCAACAUCGUCGACUUUGACUUCGUAGCUCUCAAGUCGUCUCUCUAGCUCUCUCCCUCUAUUACUAGCUACCAAAAGCCUCUUUCAAUCCCACGGCACAAACCACACCAUCAUCAUAACCUCUUGCUCCUUCACUCUCUUCAUAGUCUCACCACACAACGCCACCACCAUGAACUCUUACUCGUUCACUAUCUUCCUCUUUGCGGCCCUUAUCUUUCUCCCUUGUUUAAGCUCGACCCGAGCAGCCACAUGUCACCCCGAUGAUGAGGCAGGUCUUUUAGCUUUCAAAUCAGGUAUAACCCGAGAUCCUUCAGGCAUUCUCGGCUCUUGGAAGAAAGGAACCGACUGCUGCUCCUGGAUGGGUGUCUCUUGCAAAACCGGUCACGUCACCGAACUGAUGAUAGGAUCUGGAGGCUAUCUCUGGGGAACUAUCUCACCAUCGCUGGCCAAACUUAAGCACCUCGAGGCGGUUUACUUCACCAUUCUUAAGACCACUGGACCUUUUCCCCAAUUCCUAUUCCAAUUACCAAAGCUAUAUUUCAUUCGCAUCUCGGGCACUCAUCUCUCUGGUCCCCUUCCGGCUAACAUAGGCGCUCUAAGGCUCACAGAUGUGACUAUUGAAGAUAAUCAGUUCACUGGUCCGAUUCCAAGUUCAAUAUCCAACUGGACUCGGUUAAACCGGCUCAGUCUAGCCAGCAACCGCUUCUCUGGCACUAUCCCAGAGAUUUUCAAGUCCAUGAGAGAGCUCAAAUCUCUUGAUCUCUCCCGCAACAGAUUCUCUGGUAAACUUCCUUCGUCGAUUGCAUCACUUGCACCAACACUCACGUACCUCGAUUUGAGCCAAAACAAUCUCACAGGGACGAUCCCUAACUAUUUAUCAAGAUUACAAGCGCUCUCUACAUUGGAUCUCUCAAUGAAUAAGUUCUUAGGAGUCGUGCCGAUGAGUUUUGCCAAUCUGACUGGUCUUUUUAAACUCAGACUCUCCCACAAUUUACUCACCGGUCCACUCCCUAACUUGAAGUUCAUCGAUGGCAUUGGCUCUCUGGAUUUUUCCUAUAACCGAUUUCAGCUUAAAAUUAUUCCGAAAUGGGUGACGAAGUCACCUGUCAUCUAUAGUUUGAAGCUGGCUAAAUGUGGGAUCAAAAUGAGCUUAGACAAAUGGAAACCAAAGAGAAUCAAAUCUUGUAUUGAUAUCGAUCUUUCAGAAAAUGAGAUCUCAGGGAAUCCAACAGGGUUCCUGAACAAGGCGGAGGGUCUGUAUGAGUUCCAAGCGUCCGGGAACAAACUACGAUUCGAUUUGGGGAACCUGACCUUUGCGAAGACGCUGCAAAAGCUGGAUCUGUCAAGAAACUUGGUAUUUGGGAAGGUGCCAGUGUCCGUGGCUGGACUGAAAGAACUAAACUUGAGUCAAAAUCAUCUUUGUGGAAAGCUUCCAGUGACAAAGUUCCCGGCUAGCGUGUUCGCGGGAAACGACUGUUUAUGUGGGUCUCCACUUUCUCCUUGUAAAGCUUAA